GACAGAAACUGGUAUUGAGGUUGUAGCAGCGGUUUGAGACUCUUCUGAAAAGGUCUACUUCGCCUUCGUCAUAUUUGGGAUUGUUCCAGUUGGUGCUAAGACAGCAGUUGAAGAAUUUCCUUUAUUUUAAAAGUGAAGAAUCCGUGUAUUGGGAAAGUUGGAACUUGUGCCUAAAACUUUUGUCGCCUGUUAGAAGCAGGAGAGCGGGGGGCUGGGCGUUGCGAAGAGAUUCUCUCCGAGGUGUUUGCUUUGUUGCGGUUGUAACCGAGGAAGAUGCGUGUCCUGGGCUGGCUGCUUCUCGCAGUGUUGGGCGCCCUAGCUCAAGGGCAGGUUGAAGACUGUCCAGUGUGUAUGACCAACCGAUAUACCAAAUGUCUACCAGAUGGAGAUGGUUGCACCUGUACACUGCAACUAUCUGAAAAACUUGGUCAACCAGUCAACUGCAGUGCAUUGACCAGUAAGUGCUGGAUGAUGAAGAAUGAAAUGUACCGAUUGAAAAGUGGCAUUGGAACUCGCAGAAAGCCCACUGAGCAUGCCAUGUUGGAUAAUGAUGGUAUCUAUGAUCCUGAUUGCAUGAGUGACGGCACAUUCCGUUCCAAGCAGUGUAAUGGGACUAGCACCUGCUGGUGUGUAAACACUGCAGGUGUUCGAAGGACUGACAAGGCAGAUGAGGAUAUCGAGUGCCCUGAACAACCAGUUUCAACUUUUUGGUUUCAGAUUCAGCUAAGGCACAAACCCUUAAAUAAAGAAGUGGACGAAAUGAAACUGAAAAAGGCUAUCAAAGAUGUCUUUGCUGCUUACCAGGUGGACCCAGGCUACAUCGAGAAGAUUGAGUAUCAUGCAGAAGACCGUUAUAUAACUGUGGAUUUGAAACAAAAUGUGACCGUGCCGUCACCGUCUGAUCUUGCUACUGCAGCCUAUUACCUAGAGAAGGAUGUCAAGAGUAACUCCUUGUUCUCAGAUCAGUAUAAUCGAUCAAUUCAGGAUGACGGGGUCCCAUUUGAUGGAGAAAAGCUUAGUUUUGAAGAAGCCUACGUGUAUUAUGUUGAUUCAAAGAAUCCAGAGUUCUCCAUGAAGCGAAUGACCCCUGGCAUUAUUGCUGUCAUUGUGGUGAUCUGUCUUGCCAUUGUUGCUGGACUUGUUGUGCUUUUCUUUACCAGAAGGAAGGCUGCCAAGGCCCACAUAUAUCAAAAGGCUGAGGGAAGAGAAUUGGAUGAAAUUCAGAAGCAGCAGCUGACUACCUAAUCCUAGCAAAGAUGUUAGCUGCAGUCUCUCUCUCUGAAUUUGGGAGAUUAUAAAAUGAGACCAUGCAAGUGAACCGUCUCCUGGUUUGGGAUUCUCUACAAGGUUGUUGUGCAGAUCUUUAAUUUCUGUUCAUUUUGAACUUAAUUUAACUGCAAUCCAUCCUUGUCAUGCAUUUGGAAAGAACUCUCUUCUUAGCUGGUACUGUUACUGGACAUUUUCUUCCCUCAAAGGAAGACUGAGACCAUAUUGGAGUCAGCCAUUUUUUAUUGGGUUUAAUGAUUUUUGUACUUCAGUCUGGAAUUUUAAUUUCUUGGACUGUCAUUGUUUUAGGUCACUGCUUUUAUACUUCAGUACUGUUAUUGAAGUAUAAUGUUUAAAUGGCUUUGUAAAAAAUUAAUUUUUAAUAAAGACUGUUACAGUUUUCUCAA